AUGGCGCCAAAUAUCAUCGUCUCCCGUCCGACCUUCCCAACGUACCUCCUCCCGUCCAUAAACCUACCGUUUCGUCGUCGGACGUCCUCGCCUCCAACAACGACGACAACUACGACCACGACCCCCGACGCAAGCCAAGUCCCCUCCCUCUCCUCCUCGCCGACCUCGUCAACGACAGACGAGACGAUAACACCCCCAAACAGCCCCCCUCCCCCGCCCUCCUACCAAGACGCCCUCACAUCCCCCGCCGCGGACACAAAACAGAAACAACACAACCAGUCCCAACACCGGCGCCGCCGCUCCCGCCCUCACCAGCGUCCCUCACGACUCUCCCUCGCCCGCACCCAGUCCGACACCCUCCGCUGCUCGACCUGCUCCGCCGACAUCGCCUUCUCCUCGCAGAUCGUGAGCAAGGGCUUCACGGGCCGCUACGGCCGCGCGUACCUGGUCGCAGCCACGGCGUCUCCCCACCUCCCGCCGCCCGGGUCCCCGGGGCAGCCGCCGCCCAACAGCGCCGCGGGCCCGGGGACGCUCGCCAACGUGCGCAUCGGCAAGUGCGAGAACAGGCAGCUCGUGACGGGGUGGCACGUGGUUGCGGACAUCACGUGCGUGCUGUGCAGCGCGAAGCUCGGGUGGAAGUACGUCGACGCCAAGGAGCUGAGCCAGAAGUACAAGGUCGGCAAGUUCAUCCUCGAGGUCGAGAGGGUCGUGCCCUUCCGCAGCUGGGAGGAUGUCGAGGAGGGGCGCUCCGACGACGAUCAUGGUGUCUCUGACGAGGAAGAGGAAUCGGGGGACGAGGACGACGUCGAGAUGAGAGAUGUGGAGGAUAAGAAGGCGGACAAGGAUGUGAAGCGCGAUGGCGACGAUGGCGCGGACGACGUGGACGAGGACGACUCCGAGGCGGAGGAGGUCGUGAUCGUCUUCGACUCGGAGGACGAAGACGAUCUUGAAGACAUGUUUUCCGGGACGUGGGACCCGGAGGUCGUGGCCAAAAGGCGGAGCCGGCGAGUAGCGGCCGCCCGGAAGAAGUAA